UCCUGCGAAAGCGGCGCAGCGCCAAACCUCUUCUUCCCGAGUUCCCUAGCUGCUGCCGGCUGUUUCUCCGGUAUUGACCUGGUCGUCCCGGCCGGCAUGGGUUUGUCGCAGGACGUUGCCACGUCUAAGCCCGGCCUGAUCGGAUUCGAGGCCAGUUUGAGCCAGGCCUUAGGGGAGAGCCAAGUCAAAGGCUUCACGGAACCGUCUCACUUCACCCCGGUCCAGUUGGGCAAAGCCCUCGGAGUCGACGGCUCAUCCGCCGACCUCUUUGCUCCUCUUCACCGCGCCACUGCGGUCGUCGUGGCGGCGGCAGCAAGUGCUGCAGCUGCGGCUGCCGCAGCGACGACGUCAACAACGACGAAGACGACGACGAUGUCGACAACGACAAAGACGACGACGACAGUUUCCAAGGCCUCUUCGAGUCUGCAAGAUUUGGUCGGUCUUUCGAUCGGCCGACCGGACGCUUCUGUCGGCUCGAAGUUCGACGGUCUGUCGGUUCUGUUCGCGGCGGCCAGUUCGCCGCACCACCUUCAACAGGACCAGCAGCAUCAACCGCAUCAUUCGCAUCAAUCGCAUCAGCACCAACAGAGGUUGAUGUUCCAGAGCCUGGGCCCUCUGGCCGAGUCGGGCAAUCUGGACAUGAGCCGGUCGACCAGCACCCCGAUACAGUUGGAGGUGACUGGCAGCAGUCUCGGCCUGGACAGCUACCAAGAGCAGAAGGAGACGAGCGAAAAGAUACACAAGGAACAUGAAGAAGAGCAGGAGGAGAUGGAACAGCAGGAAGAAGGUCAGGAGAACGAGGAAGCGGAGAGGAGAGGCGCGAGGUUCAUGAGUGAAGCCGUGUCGUCGCAGUCGCCCCUCUUCCGGCCGGCUCAUCUGCCCGCCUCCAUGUCGACGAUCCUCGUGCCGAACAAACUGUUGCUCUCCGUCUCCGGUCUGGCCGGAGACAGCAGACGCGUCUCGGCCUCGCCCCCGCCCUCGGCCUUGGCAUCACCCUCAGCUCCGCUCUCGGCAUCCCUCGCCUCCGACGUUGCCGGCUGGUCGAGCCAUCGGUCCUCCGGGGCUCGGUCCCAGGCCGGUCUAAUGCUGGCCCAGGCGCCGGUCAGUCCGAUUUUCGCCUGUCCCGGCUUCGAGCCGACCGGUCGACCCGCCGGCGGCUGGCUGGACGACGACGCCUCCGUCGCUACCGCAACGGCAACCGCCAACGUCUCUGAGGCGCAAAGCCUUCAUGAAGAGAUCACAUUGCCGGUCACCUCGACGACGACGACGCCGAUAAUGGUCGUCGUCGGGCCGUCUCCGGCCGAGGAAGACGCCUACCGAAUGGACGAGGAUGGCGGCCUCUCAGGGGACGAGGCCUGUUGCCAACUCGGCCUGGCAAACGCCGCCGACUCGGAUGGCGUUAACUUGAGCAGUGACUCUGCGCGUCGGAAACAACGCGACGAUGCCAAGGUCGGUUCUCUCGUCUUCCCCUUUUCCUCUCACCACAAAGUAGCCUAG